GCUGUAGUGCUGUGUGCUGUCCCGGCUGUCCCCUAGGUUUCUAACCUGUAUUCUGUUUCCGCUGUUCUAGGUGGGCACCUUUUAUAUUAUUCAACGUGAAUCGUGUUCAGGCUGAAGCUUUGCGGAUUGAAAUAUGACGGAAGCUGAGAUUCCAACUUUCAAAUGCGUCCUUGUGGGUGAUGGUGGUACAGGCAAAACCACUUUCGUUAAAAGACAUCUUACUGGUGAAUUUGAAAAGAAAUAUGUGGCUACAUUAGGUGUUGAAGUCCACCCACUCGUCUUUCAUACCAAUCGAGGACCAAUAAGGUUCAAUGUUUGGGACACUGCUGGCCAAGAAAAAUUCGGAGGUCUCCGUGACGGUUAUUACAUCCAGGGUCAGUGUGCGAUUAUCAUGUUUGAUGUCACAUCAAGAGUCACCUACAAGAAUGUUCCAAAUUGGCAUAGAGAUUUAGUCCGGGUUUGCGAAAAUAUUCCAAUUGUUCUUACUGGUAAUAAAGUUGAUAUCAAAGACAGAAAAGUAAAAGCAAAAAGUAUAGUUUUCCACAGGAAAAAGAAUUUACAGUACUAUGACAUAAGUGCCAAAAGUAAUUACAAUUUUGAAAAACCUUUCCUGUGGUUGGCAAGGAAACUAAUUGGAGACCCUAACUUAGAAUUCGUAGCCAUGCCAGCAUUAGUACCACCAGAAGUUAUGAUGGAUCCACAAUGGCAAUCUCAAAUCGAAAAGGACCUCAAA